GGGGCCGCGCACGUCGGACCGCCACAGUGACGGGGCCGCGGGUCAGCCCGGCUCGCUGGAGCCGGCCCUAUGUGGAAGCUGCUCCCCGCGGCGGGCCCGGCCCGAGGAGAACCACACAGACUGUUGACUGGUGUUGAGUACACUGUUGGCAGGAAAAACUGUGCCAUUCUGAUUGAGGAUGAUAACUCAAUAAGUCGAAAUCACGCUGUGUUAACUGCUGACUUUUCUGUGACCAACCUGAGUCAGACGUAUGAAAUCCCUGUAUUGACAAUAAAAGAUAAUUCUAAGUAUGGUACCUUUGUUAAUGAGGAAAAAAUACAGAAUGGCCUUUCCCAAACGUUGAAGACAGGAGAUAGAGUUACGUUUGGAGUGUUUGAAAGUAAAUUCAGAGUAGAGUAUGAGCCUUUGGUUGCAUGUUCUUCUUGUUUAGAUGCCUCUGGGAAAACUACUUUAAGUCAAGCUGUAUUGCAACUUGGAGGACUUACUGUGAACAACUGGACAGAAGAAUGUACUCACCUUGUCAUGCUCUCAGUUAAAGUUACCAUCAAAACAAUAUGUGCACUCAUUUGUGGAUGUCCAAUUGUGAAACCAGAAUAUUUUACCGAAUUUGUCAAAGCAGUUCAGUCCAAGAAAGAGCCUCCAAAAAUGGAAAGUUUUUACCCACCUAUUGAUGAACCAGCUAUUGGAAAUAAAAGUAUUGAUCUGUCAGGACGACAAGAAAGAAAGCAAAUUUUCAAAGGGAAAACAUUUGUAUUUUUAAAUACCAAACAGCAUAAGAAAUUAAGUUCAGCAAUUGUUUUUGGAGGUGGAGAAACUAGGUUGAUAACAGAAGAAAAUGAAGAAGAAGAUAGUUUCCUUUCAGCUCCUGGAACUUGUGUUGUUGAUGUAGGAAUAACACAUUCACAGAUCUUGAUUCCUGACUCUCAGAAACAAUGGAUUCAUUCCAUCAUGGAUAUGCUCCAAAGGCAGGGUCUUAGACCUAUUCCUGAAGCAGAAAUUGGAUUGGCAGUUAUUUUCAUGACAACAGAGCAUUACUGUGAUCCUCGGGGCCAGCCCAGUACAGGUUUAAAGACAAUGACUCCAGGGCCAAGCCUUUCACAGCACUUGUCAGUCAAUGAAAAGCUAAUGCAAAGUGCCCCGGUGAAUACUACAAUAUACGUAGCUGACACAGAAUCAGAGCACGCAGAUACAUGUAUGGAUUUGAGUGAAAGAUCAAAAGAAAUCAAAACUUCCAUGAUGGAACAAAAAUUCAGAAUGCUUUCACAAGAAACAUCCGCUAUAAACGAAACCCUCGAAACAAGCUCUAAUGACAAGAUGGUAUCGAUAACUACGGCCAGGACGAAACUCCCAAACUAUCAGCUUUCACCAACAAAACUCCCAGGUGUCAGUAAAAGCAGAGCUCAAGCUUCUCAGCAGCUGCAGACCAACUCCAUCAAAAAUUACUUUCAGCCAGCUACGAAGAAAAGGGAAAGGGACGAAGAAAAUCAAGAAAUGUCUUCAUCUAAAUCAGCAAGAAUAGAAAUGUCUUGUUCUCUUUUAGAACAAACACAGCCUGCUACACCCUCAUUGUGGAAAAAUAAGGAGCAACAUCUAUCUCAGAAUGAAUCCAUGGAUGAAAAAUCAGAUAACUUAUUUACAGAUACAGAUUUAAAAUCCAGUAUGAAAAAUCUGGCCAAUAAAUCAUUUUCUACAGAAAAUCUAAGAUCAAAAAAAAGAAAAGAUAUUGAUGAUUUGACCAUAGAAGAUGAGGUGUUGGAAGAGCUUUUUAAGAACACAAAACCAGAGUUAGAAAUUGAAGUGAAAGUUCAAAAACAAGAAGAAGAUACUAAUAUUAAGAAAAGACCAAGGAUGAGUAUAGAAACAAAUGACAUUUUCAGUGAUGAAACACUACCAGGAAAUAGUAAAAUAUCUCAAGAAAAUGAAAUUAGGAAGAAAUGUGAGCUCAAGAAAGAACCAGUAUGGUCGAACAAAGAAGAAGUAUCCAACAAUGACGACCUUCAUGUUGAUACUGAGAUGCUUCCAAGAAAGGUAUUAGUGACUGAAUUUAGAUCCUUGGUGGUUGAUAACUCUACUACCAGAAAACUAUCUUUUACAAACAAUGAUUAUGGUCAACUGAAGAAUUUCAAGAAAUUCAAAAAGGUUGCAUAUCCUGGAGCAGGAAAACUUCCACACAUCAUUGGAGGAUCAGAUCUAAUAGCACAUCAAACUCGGAAGAAUACAGAACUAGAAGAAUGGUUAAGGCAGGAAAUGGAGGUGCAAAAUCAACAUGCAAAAGAAGAGUCUCUUGCUGAUGACCUCUUUAGAUAUAAUCCCAAUGUGAAAAGAAGGAGAUAACUGAAGAUUUUCAAAAGAACCCAUGGAAAAACAUUUAUAAUAAAACAUUUAUUUGAAUCUAACUGAUAUACAUGAAUAUAGUACAUAGAAAAAAUUUAAGUUAUAAAUAUGCCAUAGCCUAAAUUUGUUAAAUAAAAUGAACACAUGUA